UGUAUUUUUUAGAAUUAAAAAUUUUUAUUAAUUUUCGCGCUAUAUUUACUUUAUAAAAUGAAUGAGAUUAAGGAAACUAGAUCAUUUUUUGUACCUAGACCUCCGAGUAUUGACCGACGCUUUCGCCCGAAACCAAUCCGGCAAGUAAAUCUUUUAAAUCUAAUAGAUGAAUGUGAUGGCGAUACAAAUUAUGAAGAAACUGAUGAAAGUGCAAACUCCACGUAUGAAACUUCUUCUGAGACUAGCAGCAAUAAGAGUGAAAGUACAGAAAGUGCUUUUGUUUAUUUAAGAAUUAAGCCGGUUGAAAAUACAGUCCAAGCUAAUUAUAUUGUUUCUGGUCAGACUUUAACAACAAAUUCGGUUAACAUUCAAAACACAAUUGAAAGAAAUUUUACGUUUAGUCACAUAUUUGAUGAGAAUGUUUCGCAAAGUGAUAUAUAUAAUAAUUGUAUACAAGAUAGGAUCGAAGCAGAGAAUAAUUUUACCAUCAUGACAUAUGGCACAUCAGGUUCAGGAAAAACCUAUACUUUGUUGGGAACCCCUGAUAAGCCUGGCAUUAUUUCAAGGUCUUUAGAAAAUAUCUUUACGAAAUAUUCUCAAAAUUUAUAUUCGUUACCGGCAGCUCUAAUAAGAAAUGGCGAAAUUAUGAUUUCAAGUGAUAAAGACCUUAAAGAAUGUACAUAUUUAAGAAAGGUGUUUUUGGAUAAUAAAGCUGAAAUUAAAAAAGAUUAUGAAAUGAUUCAACAAAAGAUUAAGCAAGAAAGUCACUUUGAAGAGCAUCCUAGGGAAAAUGAAUCAGUUCUAAUUUAUUGUUCUUUCAUAGAAAUUUACAAUGAGAAUGUACAUGAUUUACUUAAUCCUAAAGAAAAUCUUAACAUUUUAAAUAAGGAACCGAGUAAAAAACAUUCACUUAAGAUAAUCAUGAACGAUGGCAGAGUUUUCGUAAAAAAUGUGACCUCUGUUUUUGUUAAAAAUAGUUUCGAGGCUUAUCAGUUGUUAUGGAAAGGAUUAAAAAGGGUUACGUAUGCCUCAACAGCUAUUAAUAAUAACUCAAGUCGUUCGCAUUGUAUAUUUAUGGUGGAUAUAAUAAAAUUUAAUGCUCCAGAUAUGUUUUCUUGUGUAAGUUAUAAGUUUUGUGAUUUGGCCGGUUCCGAACGUCUUGGCAAAACUGAAAAUAAGGGGGCCCGCUUAAAAGAAGCUCAGCAAAUUAAUAAAUCCUUGCUGGUUUUAGGAAGAUGUUUAGAGUCUGCAUACAAUAAUCAAAGUAAGAAAAAUUCAGUAAUCGUGCCAUAUCGCGAUUCGAAACUUACCAUGUUGUUGCAAACAGCUUUACGUGGAAAAGAAAAAAUUUUACUUAUUGUGAAUAUAGCACCAACUGAAGAAUAUUUUGAAGAAAAUAUAAAUGUUCUGACGUUUUCCUCAAUAGCAAGAAAUAUAGUUUAUAAGCCAUUUGUCGAAAAAUGCAAACCUGUUAGGUUUUCUUUAUUAACUCAUGCUAAUGAACAGUCAUAUACAAACGAAGAACUCGAGAAAAUGCAAGAAGAGAUUUUUGCGCUUCGCAAGGAAAAUGAAAGACUUGCUAAUCUCAAGGAUGAUUUCGAAAAACAACUGAGAAAGGACCUUGUUACACAAUUUGAAAGUGAAAUGGAAAAAAGAAGGAUUAAAUGGGAAGAAAAAAUUGAGCAUAAGGAAAAUAUGCUGAGGAAGAUAUACGAAAGGAAAAUUGAAGACUUAAAAAAUAGCUAUGAAAGAAAAAUUCUGAGAUUACAGAAACAGUUAGAAGUUUCCGAAGAGGAAAGUAGCAGUGAUGAAGAAAUAUCACCAAAAAAAAUAAAAACUUAGUUCUAUAUUAUUUUAUCAUUUAAAUAUGCAAAUGUUUGUGAUUUUUAAAUUUUAAUCAAAAUAUCUAUUUAUCAAGAAUAUAUGCCGUAAACUAAAUCUUGAACCUCAAAUAUACCUAGG